AUAGAUACUAGUAAAAUGCAGUCGCGUUGGUUUAUACAUAUACUUAAUCAAUAGAUGGCAUUGCAAGGAGCAUUCCGGUUUUAUGGGAGGUGGGAGCGUCACUUCCUUGGCUAUAAUAAAGAGUUCUGAUGUAGGCUUGUACAGCAAGAGGAAGAGUCUGUAUGCAGAAGCACCAUUUUCUGGGGAUAUAUAAAGGGUCAAGUCAACGAAGAGCAGAACAAGCUUGAGACACUCGCUUCUUCCCGUCAACUGCAGCCUGCUCUCACAACCUCACUAUGUCUUGCCAAAACUACUGCUCUGGAAACUCCUGCUCAGGAUCUCUCAGAACCUCCUGCCAUAUUCCUCUCACCUCCGUUGCCCUCUGCCCUACCAACGUGAGCUGUGGAGAUGUCCUCUGCUUACCCACUAGCUGUCAAGACUAUACCUGGCUCACAGACAACUGCCAGGAGACCUGCGGUGAACCAGCCAGCUGCCAGCCAGCCCACUGUGAGACCGGCAACCUUGAAACCUCUUGCCGUCCUUCCACUGCUUACUAUGUGCCCAGAUCCUGCCAAGGAACCAGUUUUCUUCCUGCUUCUUCUUUCAUCUCCAGCUCCUGCCUUCCAGUAUCCUGUAGACCGCAGAACUAUGUGUCCAGCAGCUGUCGUCCACUGAGGCCACUGAUCAGUAGUUGCCAGCCCAUAGGAAGCUGUGUGCCUGGUGGCUAUCGUCCCCAGUACUCCUUUUCCAACAGCUGCCAGCCCUCCAACCUCCUCACUUCUGGAUGCCGACCCUCCGGUUGCUUAGCCUAUGGUCCUCAAACCUUUCACGUUGUGUCCAGCAGCCUCAGACCUCUGGGGCCUCUGUUCAGUGGUUGCCAACCUCUGAGCCAUGCGUUCGGCACGUGUCGUCCAUCUUGCUCUGCACUGUGAAACCAAUAGCUUCUUUGUUCCAGUGUGUAAUCACUCUGAGGACCCAAAACAAAAAUUCACUCUGGGGACUUUUGCUUCUUCGCUAGUAGUAACUGAUGUUUCUUACUUUUACUGUUAGUGAUCUAAUGCAACCUGCUUCUCUUACAUGUUUUAUCUUGUUUUCAUCUUUCCUUGACAUCAAAAAAAUUGGCUUACAAUGCGAUUCAGUGUUGCUCUGGUGUGGGAAGAAUGUAUUUGAUUUACGCUAGAAUAAAUGCAAUUAAGUCCGAAUUAA